AUGUCUCGAUCUCAUUCUCGAUCCCGAUCCAACUCGACCCGGUCUCGACGCCCCUUCCAAAACGGCAUCGGCCACGCAACCCUCGCCUUCAUCGCUAGAAUGAUGGGCUUGCGCACGGGCAUGACCCGGCGGGAGUUCGAGCGCCGGGAAGCCGCGCGCUACCGACGACGACAGGAACUACGGCUACAGCGAGAGCGAUUCACACGCAGCCAAGGCCGGAGCCUCCCCGUGCAGGAGAUCCGCCAGCGGGUGACGCUGGCGCUGCAGAACGGCGAGAGGGUUUCCUCCCGGAUCCUGUACGAGCUCGCCGAGCGCGACGGCGUACAUAUAACCCGCGGCCAAUGGGAUCUUCGUCCGGAGCUGCUGGCUCGCAUCAUGUACAUACGCGAUAAGUACUACUUCCUGGGAUAUGAUGGGGUCUUCUACACUAGUACCAACCCGACCGGUAAUAGUCCUGACUUUGAUAUUAUCCUCGAUACCUUUACGCCGAUUAUCGUUCGGCAGGUCGCUUAUCCGUACCGGCAGUUGUGCCGGUCGUAA